AUGGAAUGUGGUGCCAAUAUAACCACAGGGGGUGGAAUCUAUGAUCUAUGCCAGCCAGCCAUCACAUUCGGUCUGGGCUUCUCUGGCAAGCGUCUUCCAUCCCUCACAAUGGAUCGAACCCUCCCCAAAGGAAACUGGCUUGAAAGGCUGAGACCCGACAUCAGUCCUGCGCACGCCGACAAGCUGUUACAUGCGUGCUGUCUCUGUUCAGGGCUGGUGGACAGUACCCUCUACAAUGGUAACACCAUCUUCGUUGGUCUGGGAGCCUCCAAUCAGAAUCAACGGCCGUAUGGCUGGGCUCGGUCCCUGACUUCCAUUGGAUCUUUUGUCCUCGGGUGCUUCUUGUUUGCUCGUCUGAACAGCACCCUGGGCGCCAGGAAACGCGGCACCUUAGUGCUCACCUUCUUUCUUCAGACAACCAUGCUCAUAAUCACCGCGGCGCUAGUCCAGAGCAGGUCUAUCCCGGGUAUCCGGGAUCUCGCCGGAGAUAGCGCGGAGGUUGAGUGGAGCCAAGAAGCACCCAUCGUGCUGCUGAGUAUUCAGUCAGCAGGACAGAUAGUUGCUAGCCGUGCACUCGGCUACAACGAAGUGCCGACGGUGGUGAUCACCAGCCUAUUGUGCGAUCUGGUAUCAGACCCGAAGCUGUUUGUUCUUCGAAACGCCAAGCGGGACCGGCGUAUGGUGGCUUUUACGCUGACUCUCGUGGGAGCCAUUGCAGGCGGUUGGAUCACCAAGGCCACUGGAGAUAUAUACGCUGUGCUGUGGCUGGCGGCAGGUAUCAAGUUUGUCAGCAGUAUGGCGUGGAUGUUCUGGGAAGAGGAUAACAAGGUAUGA